CGCAUGCGCGUCAGUUGUGCGACACCGUCACUUACGGCCGGAGAGGUUGGCGCCGGGAGUUGGUUGCGCGCCGGGGAGCUCUUAGGAACCCACAGCGUCGGGACUGGUAUCCGGUGACUGUGAUCCGCGGGGUCCGCCAUGGAGCCGGAGCAGAUGCUGGAGGGGCAGACGCAGGUGGCGGAAAACCCUCACACCGAGUACGGUCUCACAGACAACGUGGAGAGGAUAGUAGAGAAUGAGAAGAUUAAUGCAGAAAAGUCAUCAAAACAGAAGGUGGACCUCCAAUCCUUGCCAACUCGUGCCUACCUGGAUCAGACAGUGGUGCCUAUCUUACUUCAGGGACUUGCUGUGCUUGCCAAAGAAAGACCACCAAAUCCCAUUGAAUUUCUAGCAUCUUAUCUUCUAAAAAACAAGGCACAGUUUGAAGACCGAAACUGACUUAUUGGGAAGAAAAGAAAAAUUUGGUUGCUACUGUAGAUUUACAUGAUUAAGAGGCAGCUUUAAUUGCCAUGAUUUUUCCCCCCAUUUGGAAGAACCUUCAGGACAACAGAACUUAUUUCCAGAUUGGCAGAAGAGAACCUGUUUCCCUUAUUUUGAUUUAAUCACCAUACUUAUUUAAUGAGUGUGUUCUGUGCAAUUUUUCUUAGAUCAUCUAUAACUUUGUUUUUAAAUGGCCUUCAAAAUAAACUGUCAAUGCCA